UUCAAGAGGAGAAUCUCCAUCAGCAGAGGGGUGAUCAACAAAACCAGGUGAAUGAAAGAGUGGCAGCCACUCCACUCAUGAAAUGUCCUCUCUUUUGUUUGUUAGAGAACAUGAAGGAACAGCUGGAUGCAGAGCUUCAGACAGCUCACAGUAUGAUCAAGGCAAGGCAUAAGCGGCUGGAGGAAGAAAUGAAAAUCUUCAGAGAGAAACUCAAUCGCUUCCGUCAGUCUCUGCAAAACCAAGUGCAAGUGUUGACAUCUCACCGGGCAGCCUGCGAAGACUUCCAGCCAAUGUCUGGCAAUGAAGGACCCCAAGUUAGGAGUGAGGCACAGGAGCAGUGCCCACCAGAAAUGCUCCAGGUCCAGCACAUCAUGGGCUCUGAACCUGCUGCCACAGCAGCAUCACCUCGAGGAAGCCCUUCUGUGAAACCUGGGAACUCAGGCUCGGGCAGAUCCUGGGAACAGGAGACUGAGGAGGAGUACCUGGAGCUGCUGGGGAGAAUGGUGAACUCCACUGAAAAUCCCCUGAUGAAGUACAUCCAUCUGAAAUAUAUUGGCAGCGGGGGUUAUGGAGAUGUUUAUAGAGCACUCGACACUGCCACAGGAGGAGAGGUGGCAAUAAAAAAAAUAAAUCUUCAAGGAGUGAGGAGGAAGGAGCUAACCUUUAAUGAAAUAAUGAUCAUGAAGAGAUAUAGGAGUCCCAAUGUUGUGAAUUAUUUGGACAGCUACCUUCUGGGCAAGGAACUCUUGCUGGUUAUAGAGUACAUGGAUGGAGGUGUCCUGACCGAUAUCAUCAGCCAGACCUGCCUGUCUGAAGAUGAGAUGGCAGCCAUCAGUCGGGAGUGCCUGCAAGGACUGGAUUUUCUUCAUUCCAAUGAUGUGAUCCAUCGAGACGUGAAGAGUGACAACAUCCUUCUCAAAACUGACGGCUCUGUCAAGCUGGCUGAUUUUGGCCUCGCUACUCAGCUCAGCCCUGAGCAGAGCAGACCAUGCUUGGUAGUCGGAACUCCUUGGUGGAUGGCGCCUGAAGUGGUGACAGGUCAACCAUAUGGCCCCAAAGUGGACAUAUGGUCUUUUGGAAUUGUGGGAAUUGAAAUGAUAGAACAAGAACCUCCUUACUUGAGCGAAAGUUCUGGCACGGCUACACACCUGAUAGCCACAGUAGGGACUCCACAGCUGCGGCAGCCCAAGCUCCUCUCGGCUUUGCUGCGUGACUUCCUGAGCUGCUGCCUGCAGACAGACGAGGAGCGGCGCUGGUCUGCCAAGGAGCUCCUGCAGCAUCCAUUUGUAACUUCAGCCAAGCCACCAUUCAUCCUGGCACAACUCUUCAACUCUGUGAAGAAGACGAAUAACCCUAACCCUAAACUUUAAACCUAAAACCUAACCCUAACCUUAAAUGCUAACCCAAACCCAAACCCUAACCCUACCCCUAUCCCUAACCCUUACCCUAAA